AUGGGCUUGGUGAAAAAUCAGACUCUCAUCUCCCAUUUCAUCCUUCUGGGCCUCUUCAACUACACACCACUGCACCUCCUCCUCUUCUCCAUCAUCAUGGCCAUGUUUCUGGUGGCCCUCUCUGGCAACGGGCUCAUGAUCCUCCUCAUCAACACUGACUCCCGUCUCCACAGCCCCAUGUACUUCUUCCUCAGCUGGCUGUCACUCAUGGACCUCAUGCUCAUCUCCACCAUUGUACCACGGAUGGCCAUCAACUAUCUCCUGGGCCAUGGUUCCAUCUCCUUCACAGGCUGUGGGCUCCAGAUCCUGUUCUUCGUCACCCUCCUGGGGGAUGAGUGCUUUCUGCUGGCUUUCAUGGCCUAUGAUCGCUAUGUGGCCAUCAGCAACCCACUGAGGUACUCAGUGGUCAUGAGCCGCCAUGUCUGCUGGCUCAUGGUGGCAUUGUGUUGGCUCUCUGGUCUGGUGGAUGGGUUAAUUCAGUCCAUCUAUACCCUGAGCUUUCCCUACUGUGGCUCUCAGGAGAUCGACCACUUCUUCUGUGAUAUCCCUGCAGUGCUUAAGCUGGCCUGUGCUGACACUUCUCUUUAUCAGACGAUGAUCUAUGUGUGCUGUGUCAUUAUGCUACUCCUGCCGUUCUCUGUCAUCUCUAUUUCUUACCUGUUGAUCCUAAUAACCGUGCUCCACAUGCAUUCCACUGAAGGUCGGAAAAAGGCCUUUGCUACCUGCUCCUCCCACAUGGCAGUCGUCUCUCUCUUCUAUGGGGCUGCCAUGAUUGCUUACAUGUGGCCCCAGACCUACCACUCCUCCAAGCAGGACAAGGUGGUCUCAGCUUUCUAUACCAUGAUCACCCCUAUGCUCAACCCACUCAUCUACAGCCUGAGGAACAAGGAAGUGGCUGGUGCUCUCAAGAAACUCCUGGGGAGGUGUCCAUGUGGUGGGAGACAGGAAUAA